AUGGCGGGCGAGGGCGACAAUAGGGAGGCUGUAAAGGUUGCAGUUCCGGCGAACGACCCGAAGAAAACGGGGAAGAAAUCCAAGGGGACAGAGGAGAUGACUGAAGACGACAAGAAGAUUCAAGAGAACAUUGAGCUUCUUGUGGAGAGGACAUGCGAUAACGACCUCGAGAUCGUGGCUCUGGCAUUGGAGACACUCUCCCGCGAGCUCAAGGCUGCAACGUCGUCCAUGACCAGCGUACCCAAACCGCUCAAGUUCCUCAGGCCCCACAUGGACAGACUCGUUGAUCGCUACAAUCAACUUCCAGAAAAAACAACUCUCAAGCGCGACUUCGCGAUGGUUCUGUCGGUGACCUGCACAACUUCAGGGGAUUCGCGCCGCUUAUCUUUGCACUUUUGUUUGGAGGCGGAGUGCAAAGAUGUGACGUCGUGGGGCUAUGAGUACUUGAGGAACCUCUCCGGGCAAAUUGCUGGGGCCUUUGCGGAGCUGCAACAACAGGAGGCCUUGUCAGGUGCUGAGCAACAGAGCACGGCAACGGAAACAGAUGACAGCAGAACUGCUGCGACUGCAGACGGCGUCGAGGUGGAUGGUCCCACAGGAGCAGCGCAAACAACGAAUGGCAUCGCCAGGGAUGCAGCAGCAGCAGAUAAACCCACCACUGGGCUUGCCUCUGUGAAGGUUCCUCUGCCUACGGUGGAGCAGCUACUGCAGUUAGUUGAAGAGAUUGUGCCCUAUUACAUGCAACACAAUGCGGAGGUUGACGCGAUUGAUUUGCUGACAGAAGUGGAACGACCUCAGUCACUGUUGCCCCUCCUAGAUGCAAACAAUUAUCAGCGGGUCGUCGCGUAUCUCUUGAGCCUUUCGAACUACGCGGCAAGUCCUGAGGAGGCGCUGAAAGUGCAGAUGGUUGCAUUUGAUGCUCUCAUGCAGCAGCAGCAACACUUCGACGCCAUGCGCGUGGCUCUGAGGCUGGGAGAUCGUGCCCUCGUGGACAAAGUAGUAAAGGACUGCAACGACCCCUUGGUGCAGCAACAGCUCGCGCUGCUACUGUGCCGACAGCGGGUAGACGUAGAGUUUGAAGAUGAGAAGCUUCAACGGCUCGUCAGCGGCAGCAAAACUUCGCCGUUCUUCCGCUUUUUGGCGAAGGAACUGGAUGUGUUAGAACCAAAGGAGCCCGAAGAUGUUUUCAAGAGACACCUGGAAGAUCCGCAUGGCAGGCGAGCACGUCUUGCUGGUCUGGAAAGCGCGCAGCAGAACCUUGCUUCUUCUUUCGUGAAUGCCUUCGUCAACUGUGGCUUCGGGACAGACAAGCUGAUGACGGCAGACGGAAACGGUUGGCUAUAUAAAAACAAAGACCGGGGUCUGCUCUCCACUACGGCAUCUCUUGGAGCUCUGUGCCUCUGGAACGUGGAUGAGGCUCUGCAGCACCUCGAUAAGCACCAGUACAGCAGCGAUGCAAAUAUCAAGGCCGGCGCUCUUCUCGGAUUCGGAGUGGCCAGUUGCAAUGUUCGUCAUGAAUGCGACGCUGCCUUGGCACUUCUGAAAGAUCACCUAGAGGCAACAGAGAUGACAGCCGAAACGCCCCUCCUUAAGGCUGCAGCUGCUAUCGGCUUGGGCUGCGCUUAUGCAGGAAGCUGCAGGGAGGACGUUUUGGAGCUGCUGACGCUCGCAAUUCUUGAUGGAUCCUUACCUCUGGAAUGUUCUGCAUUUGCUUCCCUAUCAUUGGGUCUCUGCUUCGUUGGGAGCGCCUCAGCUGAUGCAGCCGAGGCCAUACUCACUGCUCUGAUGGACCGCUGCACUACGGCGAAGGCCCUGGAUUCGCCGUUGGGGCACUUCCUGUCAGUUGGGCUAGGCCUCAUAUUCCUUGGAACGCGAGAUGCUGCAGAAGGGGCUUUGUGCGCCGUCGCUGCACUGCCACACGCUGCUUUCUCUGCUGCUGCCACCCGGAUUAUCGAGGGCCUGGCAGCUGCAGGUAGCGGCGACGUGCUAAAGGUGCAACGCAUGCUUGGUGUGUGCGCCGAAUCUCGUCCUGAGGGCUACUGGAAACAGAAGCAAAAGGAGCUUAACAGCGAGCAGCAUCCGGAAGGAGCUGCAGCAGAUAGUGCCUCUGCUGCAGACGGAGCUGCAACGACGAGGACUGACGGCACCUCUGCGGUGUCAGGGGUCCGGGCUCCUCCAGGCAGCUCAGCCAGCGACUCCACGUCUGGAGCAACAAAUACGGCUAGCACCACUACGGCAGAUGAUGAUGAGGACCAUCCGGACGAUACAGACCAGGCCGUUGCGGUUCUAAAUAUUGCACUUAUUGCUUUUGCUGAAGAGACCGGUGCAGAAAUGGCUUUGAGACUUUAUGAUCACAUUCUUCAAUACGCCGAUGCGCACAUGAAACGCGCAGUGCCACUAGCAGUAGCGCUGCAGCACCCAAGCAACCCGAAGCCCCAACUCAUCGAUUUGCUGAGCAAACUAUCUCACGAUGCUGACCCUGAUACUGCCUUGAAUGCGAUUUUUGCUAUGGGUAUUCUUGGCGCCGGGACAAAUCACUCGCGCAUUGCAUCUCUCCUUCGUCAACUGGCAUCUUAUUACGGAAAGGAUCCCAGCGCAUUAUUUGUGGUCCGCCUUUCACAAGGCCUCCUGUACUUAGGGAAGGGUCUGCUGCAUCUAGGCGCGCUGCACUCCGAUCGGCAGGUCAUCUGCCGCGUUGCUCUGGGCGCCUUAGCGAUUGUCUCCUACUCGGCAUUCCUCAUGCGCCACACAAUUCUAGGGAAGUUCCACUUCAUGCUCUACUACUUGUUCCCCGCGGUACAGCCAAGGUGGUUAGUGACGGUUGCUGAGCGUGUGGAAGGGGCAGGCUUAGAUGAAAAGCCCGACCUUACUCUAAAGGCGGAGACCGCCGCGCUGGCACAGGAUGAGGCGGAAGCAGCAGGCAUAGAUGCCGCUAUGGAAACGGAUGGCACAACGAAUGGCAAGACCUCCUCAAUGGAAGGAGAUGAAGACCUUAAGAUGCUCCCGAUUCCGGUCCGCGUUGGGGAGGCUGUCGAUGUCGUUGCGCAGGUGGGCAGGCAGCCGAAGACCAUUACAGGAUUCCAGACUCACACCUCUCCUGUUCUACUUAAUUUCAGUGAAAGAGCCGAACUGGCAACAGACGAGUAUUUGCCAGUUGCGCGCGUCCUUGAAGGCAUUGUCCUUCUCCGAAAGAAUCCCGAAUACCAGCCACCAAAGGCCGCAUAG